AUGUCCACUGCCGCGCGUGCGGCGACCUUGCGGUCCCAAGUCGCGGUCCUCAAGUCAGGAUCUCGGGCAAUGUCAUACUCGGCUUUGCCUACGCAGACAUUGAAGACUUCCAUGCAAGGUCAAAGAACCCUUCAGCAGACCCGUUCUCCUGUAUCCCAACUGGUCUCGCCAUUCGCCGCCCUUCCCUUGACCAGAUCUUUCCACGUCGCCACCCCUCUCUUCCAGCAACAGCAGCAGAAGCAGCAGAAGGACGAGAAGAAGCAAGGAGAAGAACCCAAGUCGGAGCAAGAGGGUGAGGAAUCCAAGGAUGAGAACAAGGAAAAGAAGGAGGAUGCUCCUCCACCGCCACCUCACGGCGACAAGUCCCCCUGGCAAGUGUUCCGCGAAACUCUGCAGACCGAGUUCAAGGCAUCCAAGGAGUGGGAGGAAUCUACCAAGGCUCUGGCUUCUUCUGCCCAUGAGUUCAGUGAGAACGAGAGGAUCAAGCGUGCUCGUGCCGCCUACGAGGCUGCGUCCGGCGCCGCCGGUACCCGCACUUCCGCCGCCCUCAAGUCGACUGGUCAGGUCAUUGGAAAGAGUGCUUCGUGGACUUGGAACACUACUGCCGUCAAGGGUCUUCGCAAGGGUGUCAGCGCCACUGGAGAGGGUCUGGAGAAGGCCACGAGACCUGUUCGUGAAACCGAGGCGUACAAGAGCGUCAAGGAUGCCAUUGAUGAUGGCAGCAGCUCCCGUUAUGGUGGAUGGACGGAGAAGGAGGAGCGCCGUAUGCAGCGCCAACGUCGCGAGCAGCAGGAGCUGAAGUCCGGCAAGCGUAAGAUGGAGCAGGCCGUUGAGGACCCCAACGCCGGUACCCACGUUACUCUGCACAAGGACGCCGCCUGGAAGGAGUCAUGGCGCGACUUCAAGGAUUCCAACCCGAUGAUGCAGAAGCUGUUCACCUUCCGCGACGUUUACGAGGAAUCCGAGAACCCCCUCAUCAGCACAGCCCGCAGCAUCACCGAUAAGAUUGGAGGCUUCUUUGCCGAGAACGAGACUGCUCAAGUCAUCAAGCGAUUCCGUGAGAUUGAUCCCAACUUCAAGAUGGAGGAGUUCCAGCGCGAGCUGCGCGAAUACAUUCUUCCCGAGGUUCUGGACGCCUAUGUCAAGGGUGAUGUCGAGACUCUGAAGCUCUGGCUUUCCGAUGCUCAAUUCUCCGUCUACGCUGCCCUCGCCAAGCAAUACACCACCGCUGGUCUGAAAUCCGACGGCCGCAUCCUGGAUGUUCGUGGUGUUGAUAUCUCUCACGCCCGUAUCCUGGAUCCCGGUGAAAUCCCCGUUUUCGUUGUCACCUGCCGUGCCCAGGAGAUCCACGUCUACAAGAAUGUCAAGACUGGCAAGCUCGCUGCCGGCAUGGAGGACAAGGUCCAACUGGUCACCUACGCUAUCGGCAUGACCCGUAUCCCCGAAGAGGUCAGCAACCCCGAGACUCGCGGCUGGAGACUGAUCGAGCUGCAGAAGGCUGCUCGUGACUACAUCUAA